AGCAUUGCCUUCUCGCCUCUCACUCUCUGCUUUUACACACACACACGCACGCACGCACGCACUCACUCUAUUUUCUCCAUACAGGUUCUCCACAUCCUAGCUACUCUCUCAUUCAUGGCUCUCCUUCCCUUGUUUAUUCUCAUUCUUAUAGCUCCUUCCUCUAGUAAUGCUCAAUGGCCACCUUCACCUGGCUACUGGCCAAGUUCUAGAUUCAGGUCAAUGAGCUUUUACCAAGGUUACAGAAACCUUUGGGGUUAUUCCCAUCAAAGAGUAGACCCGAAUGCGUUGACUAUCUGGCUAGAUAGUACAUCAGGAAGUGGAUUUAAAUCAGUUAAACCAUUUCGAUCAGGGUAUUUCGGUGCCUCCGUUAAGCUCCAACCUGGUUACACUGCCGGAGUCAUAACAGCUUUCUAUCUAUCGAACAACGAAGCUCACCCUGGGUUCCAUGAUGAAGUGGACAUAGAAUUUCUUGGGACAACAUUUGGGAAGCCUUACACUUUGCAGACCAACGUUUACAUCCGAGGAAGUGGGGACGGGAGAAUAAUUGGGAGAGAAAUGAAGUUUCAUCUGUGGUUUGAUCCGACCAAAAACUUCCAUCACUAUGCCAUUCUUUGGAGUCCUAAGGAGAUUAUAUUCCUCGUGGAUGAUGUGCCCAUAAGGAGGUACCCGAGGAAAAGCGCCGCAACCUUUCCCCUAAGGCCAAUGUGGGUUUACGGUUCAAUCUGGGAUGCCUCAUCCUGGGCUACCGAGGAGGGAAAAUACAAAGCUGACUAUAGAUAUCAACCAUUUGUUGCUAGCUACACCAAUUUCAAAGCAGCUGGUUGCUCAGCCUAUUCACCGGCAUGGUGCCGCCCGGUCUCUGCCUCUCCAUUCCGGUCCGGUGGGCUCACGAGACAACAGUACAGGACAAUGCGAUGGGUUCAGAGAUACCAUAUGGUGUACAACUACUGCAAGGACUCCAAAAGAGACCAUUCCCUAACGCCUGAGUGCUGGGGUUAAAAGUGAUUCCUUGGAACAUUGACACGCCUUGCCCACCCUGCAUAGGAAAAUGGAAGUCACUUGAGAGAGAGAGAGAGAGAGAGAGAGAGGAAGCUUUCUUAAGUUGUACUGUGAUUUCAGAUUUUUUGUCUAUUAUUUACGUCUUGAGAUGGGUCCCCUCUUGCAAAAAGCAUUAUGCAAUGCACGAGUAGCUGGGCGUCCAAGGCUCCCAAAUUGGAAAAACUGUGUGGAUUCUUCUUUUAUUUUUUGUUGGACACGGUGAAUUUGGUGUAAAAUAAUAAUAAUGGCUAGAGGAACACGAGAUCUGAGGAAAAUAAAUGGAAAUGGGGGCCAGAAGGCUCAGUGGUCGUGAAUAUUUAACAUAUGUGGGCUUUCUUUCUUUCUUUCACUGUCAUUUCAUUUCAUUUCUGAAUAAAGCAAGUCUUUUUGUCGUU